GAUUUUAUUCUCAAAAAAAAGCAAAAUGGAUUCAGAUGGGUCAGCUGCCUAAAUAUCAUCUAAGAGCUUGGUCAAUAAUUUUUUCUUACAGCGUCUCUGAUUGGUUGCUUUGUAAUUUAAAAAUACCCCGGACGAAAGCGAAGGUAUCACCUCAUGAUUUAUUAUUGCUCAAGAGUUAAACAAGAGAGUUUAUGCUAUCCAAAAUGAGUGCUGCAGCAGAAGCCGCGAAUCGUUUUGCUAUUGACCUUCACAAAGUUCUAAAGAACCAAAAAGAUUCAUUGGGUCAGAACUUGUUUUACUCCCCGACCAGCAUGAGCAUUGCCCUGGGGAUGUUGUACAAUGGAGCUCGUGGCCCAACUGCACAAGCGAUCGCCAAAGGUUUUCAUUGGGAUGAGAUGAAGAUUGAGCAAGUCAACCAAGAAAUGAAGACGUUCAGCGCUACCUUGAGCUCAGCAAACACGGCCAGUAACCAAAUUAGCACUGCUAACAAACUUUUUGUGCAGGACAGCUUCGAGGUGUUGCAAGAGUUCACAGAAUCUUGCAAAGAAUAUUACGAAGCAGAGACUACGCUAGUGGACUACAAAAAAGAUUUUGAAGGAGCAAGGAAGAAGAUAAAUUCUUGGGUUGAAGAGAAAACCAAUAAGAAGAUUCAAGACUUGCUUCCAUCAGGUAGUCUGAACACCCUUACGAGAGCUACUUUGGUUAAUGCUAUUUACUUCAAAGGAAUCUGGCAAAAACAGUUCAAGAAAGAGCACACUUUUCCUUCAAAAUUCUUCCUCCGAGAGAAUGAAGAGUGUGACAUUGAAAUGAUGUUCCAGAAAUCCAAUUUUAAGUUUGCACAAAUUGCAAAACUUGAUUGCCAGAUGUUGGAAAUGCCUUAUACAGGCAAUGACCUGUCAAUCAUCUUGAUACUACCCAAUCAAAUUGAAGGUCUAGCAGCCCUUGAAGAAAAGCUUACUUAUGAUGAUCUUCAUAAGGCUAUGGAGAAGCUGACCAAGCAACRGCCCACUGAAGUAGAAGUUUCUUUGCCAAAGUUUUCAAUGACAAGACAAAUAGAAUUGAAAGAUGUGUUCAAAAUCAUGGGCAUGGAGGAUAUGUUUGAUGCAGUCAAGGCUGAUUUCACUGGAAUAACAGUUGGUCCUGAAAAGCUCUAUGUUUCCAAUGUGUAUCACAAGGCCUUUGUGGAUAUCAAUGAAGAGGGUACAGAAGCUGCAGCUGCUACAGCGGCUGUCAUGAUGACAAGAAUGAUGGUGAAACCCAUUCGAAGUUUCAUGGUUGAUCAUCCGUUCUUGUUCAUGAUAACCUGUUGUAAAUCUGGUGCCAUCCUCUUCCUUGGCCGGGUUGUUAAACCAGAGUCAUCCAAGUAAUGGCUUAGUAUUGGGUCUACCUUAUCCACCUCAAUAAGACAUUAUAUAACUCAAUAAGACAUUUUUUUAUAAUUCACAUGCAUUUAUAUUAGAUUAUCAGAAGCAGAUUUUGGGAGUAUGUGCCAGGGGUGCCCCCCAUGCUACUCCUCUCCUUAGAUCUAGAAUGCCUCAACAUCAGUCUCUUUCACAACUGUACUUAGAUUCAGCCCAUGGUACAAAUGCAUGUGGGAUAAAUGUACUUUAGUGAAAACAACAAAUUUUGAACAUUUCUAGUAAUAAAUUUGGGCUGAAGGUAUUUGUCAAUCAAUGUCUGUUAAGCACCCCUAUCACUAUGAUGGUAAAAGAUGUAUGAUGCAUGAUGAUGCACAGAAAGGAAACAAAUAAAAUUAGUAUUAUUAUAA